AACACACAUAGUCAACUCUCACAGUCAGUCACACACUGACCAAGAAUGAAGUUCAGGGAAUCCUCAUCAGCACACACUACUUAUUAGCCUGUCUGUGCGUCACACUGCAUGCUCAGCAGGUGUGGAUUUCCCCUCCUGAUUCAUGCUUUAUCACCGAUCAUCUGACUUGAGAUUCAGAUCCAGACGGCGACUUUGAACACCUGGACUUUUUUUUGUUUUUGGUUUUUUUUUGUAAACGACAUCAACGCUCUUAGCAUGCCUCUCCCUCCAGUGUCGACAAUACACCAGGGAAUGCAGUCAAAACAGAAGAGAGAAGAAGAGGAAGAAGAAGGUGUUGACAAGUUUUCAUGAAAUUCUCUGGCAACCCUCCGAGGCGGCAUCGUCUUUACCCCCUGGCAUCUAAACACACACACAUAAUAGAGGAUCCGCUUUUGGAACUUGUGGCGGGAGGAUUUCAUAUGCGAGUGUGUGCCUGUAACUUCAUCAGGCUUGGAAUAGACCCAGGGACGCUGACAGCUCUUAACCUCCUGGUCUGACCUGGCGCUGAAGACGGUGCGAGUCAGCUGGUGUGUGCGCUAACAACUGGAGAUACUCAAGGACACACACGGUUGUAAACAACAACCGCUGACUUGCUGUGAUUGAAAAGUAUCUAAAUGUAAUUUGGAAACCUCUCUCCACCCCGUCAUGCACCACAGAGGAAUAUUACAGCCAAGUGUGUGUAUCUGAGUGUGUGCUGUAGAGGGGCGGUGAUUUUCCAGAUUGCUGGAUUGCCUAAUUAUCCCUUUUGGGUUUGGGAAUCACGCCCGGAGUCUUUUAAACACAAAGGACGAGAAGAAAGGAAAAGAGAUGAUUUAAGUCUGGCUUUUGGCUUAUGACACAGAGAUUAAUUGAAGGAGAAAGGGGCUGGAAGUUGAGGCUGUCCGGGUCAGAGCCACGAUGUGGAACUGUGCAACCAAAGUGGAGGAAAACUGGGUUAUAGCUGAACGUCCUCCUGGAACUAAUUUAAUACUUGACAUGGAAUCCGAAUAGUUUGAAGCAUUUUCGUGUGCAGACCUGGAUGCUGCAUUCAGAAAUGUUUGGAAUCUCAUGAUCAGGACUAAGAGUGAAUAUCUGCCAUCCAGCGCAACAUCUGAGGAUUAUUUCCCCAGGUGGUUUUAAAGACACACACCCUCGCAUCUCGGACUUGCUUUAUCGAAAUUGAGGAUGAGAGGGGAAAGGAGGUCAGCUUCCUUUCGCAAGGAGAAACCUGCGGGCCUGUCCCGCGCUCUCAGCUGGCUGAGCGUGUCCACCCUCUCGCGCCAGAGCAGACGCAUCUUCCACAGCCAGAAUGAGCUCCACUCCGUCCACAACCGCCAAUCAUACUCGCACACUCACCUGCAUGCAGCGGACGGAGACGAGGAUGAUGACGAUGAUAACUGGGUGUAUCAGCCUCAACACAAAAUAGAUAAACACUCGAUCAAUCUCCUUGAUCAAACGUAUUGAUCUCCCCUAUGUGGCUGUGUGUCUUAAUCAAUCGACGGGCAGGCAUGGUGGCUGCUCUGGAAGGCCAUGCCAAGAAAUAGAUGGAAUAGAUGGGAGCCU